UAGAUCUCAUGUUCUUCUCUUGUUGCCUCCUCCAUCUCCGUCCGCUCUCUUGCCCGCAAUACUACUAAAGAAUCAACAAAACUAAAAAUAGAGAGACGAGAGAGCGCACCACCACCAAACUCGUGGUGGUUCAGUGGUGUUCCCAUCAAGAACCAACCUUUGCCACCGCUGGGGAAGGAGGAGGUAGCAGAAUGGCUGCAGAUGAGAGGUAAUUUUUCAGAUCCGUGACAUUUUUGUGGAGAUAAGAGGUGAUGAUAGAAGGGGAGAGAGAGAACACAAGUUCCUGACCAAAAGUUGUCACUGCUGACUAAGUAUGAAAUCGAUGACACCUGACACUAAGGUUGUAAACCCAGAGGUUUACCUGGCAUUGGGUCUGAGCACAUCAUCCAAAAGAGUUGCUGAGUUCCCAAGGGUAUUAACCCUUCUAUCCUCAAUUCUCGAGGCCACUGUUCAAAAGAAUGAAAAGAAACUAGAUUCGCUGGAAAUAAAGGAAUUUGUAACUCUCUUUGAUGGUCUGAGAGCACCAACCCUUAGCAUAAAGAAGUACAUGGAGCGCAUCUUCAAGUAUUCAAAGUGCAGCCCAUCUUGCUUUGUCCUUGCUUAUAUAUACAUCGAAAGAUUCCUUCAGCAACCGAACAUAUGUUUGACUUCCCUCAAUGUUCAUCGAUUGCUAAUUGCAAGUGUCGUUGUUGCCGCAAAAUUCAUUGAUGAUGCAUUUUUCAGCAAUGCUUAUUAUGCUAAAGUUGGAGGGAUCAGCACAAUGGAGAUGAAUAGACUUGAAAUUAAUUUUUUAUUUAGUGUAGAUUUCAGACUUCAAGUGACAGUAGGUACAUUUGAGGCAUACUGUCUGCGUUUGGAAAACGAAAACAAGGUAUACCAAGUCGAGCGGCCGAUCAAGACAUGUGGACUAAAUGAAUGGUCAAACAUCGAAGAUUCCAAAUGCCAGUCAGCAGUUCAGAGAUGUAGUUGUGGUACCGUAUAAAUGUUAUGUACUCUAGGGCACUUGAUCAAGAACUGGAAUUUCAUGUAUCAUUUAAGUUUUCAAGCAAUAUAACUUCUGGGAACGUUUAUAGCAAA